AUGGGAGGUUCACUAUCGCGUAUCUGGUCCCUGCUCUGGUCCAAGAAGGAGAUCCGCAUCCUGAUUCUAGGACUUGACAACGCAGGAAAGACUACUUUGCUGUACAGACUCAAGAUCGGUGAGGUCGUCACAACGAUACCUACAAUCGGUUUCAACGUCGAAUCGGUCACAUAUAAGAACCUCAAUCUGAAUGUCUGGGAUCUUGGCGGCCAAACUUCUAUCCGCCCAUACUGGCGAUGCUACUACGCCAACACCGCCGCAGUGGUCUUUGUCAUCGACUCCACAGAUAUUGAGCGAUUAGGGACUGCGGCAGAUGAAUUAGCAGCCAUGUUGAAUGAGGAGGAACUUCACGACGCGGCAUUGCUGGUGUUUGCCAACAAACAAGAUCAGCCCGGUGCCAAGGGCGCAGGCGAGAUCUCAGAGGCUUUGAAGCUAGGAGAGCUGCGUGACCGAAACUGGAGUAUUGUGGCUUGCUCUGCCAUUGAUGGCAAGGGUAUUAAUGAGGGAAUGGAUUGGCUGGUGUGUCAGAUUUAUUCUAUCCGAGUUCUGAUCUGGAAUACCCAUAGAACCAGCAACAUGUCUGUCUCCCCAAUCCCUCUAAUUCAAAUCGCUGCUGUUAUCGCAUCCAGCACUUCUGGUUCCGGAAAGGUGGGGAUCAAGAGCAAUCGGCCGGUGCCAACUCCAGGAAAAGGUGAAAUCCUUGUCAAGCUCGAGUUUUCUGGGGUAUGUCACUCGGAUCUUCACAGCAUCCGCGGCGACACGCCUAUGUUGACUGAUGUCGCGGGUCAUGAAGGUGUUGGGAAAGUAGUCAAAGUCGGACCCGGAGUUGACGAGCAGCAAUGGAUGGGAACGCGGGUCGGUAUCAGAUGGCUCUACAGCUCUUGUCGCCAUUGCGAAAUCUGUGAAAUCAACCAUACCGUAUGCCCGUAUCAGAAGAACGCUGGUGCAAAUGUACCUGGAACUUUCCAGCGUAAGUGUUCUAUCUAUGAGUGCAAUAAUCCAGACCAGUCGAGCACUUCUAACAUCCAUGUCUCAGAGUAUAUUGUCAGUCCAGCACUCCAUGUGACAAGGAUUCCGGAGCAGCUUUCACCAGAUAGUGCUGCACCUCUUCUAUGCGCUGGAAUUGCGAUGUACUCUUCUAUCAUGAAGACCAAGACUCGCCCGGGAGACUACCUUGCCAUCAUUGGUGCUGGAGGUGGCCUUGGUCAUAUGGGAAUUCAAAUCGCCGCUAAAAAGGGCCUUAGGGUCAUUGCGAUUGACAGCGGAGAGCAGAAAAAGCAACUAUGUCUUUCGCUUGGGGCUACAGAAUUCCUGGACUACCGCGAACUCGAUAUUGUCCGGGCGGUCAAAACCAAAACAACCUAUGGUGUACAUGCUGUGAUCUGCACUGCCAACGGCGAGCGAGCAUACGAACAAAGUAUGCAGAUGUUGCGUCCUUUUGGCACACUGGUCUGCGUCGGUAUUCCCAACAAGCCAUUCAAGCUGCCAGCUACGCCAUUCGAUAUGAUUGUCAAGGGUCUCACUAUUGUCGGAAACUCCGCGGGAACGGCGGAUGAGAUGGAUGAGAUGUUGGCUAUGGCCGUGGCUGGUGAUGUGAACGCUCAUAUUGAAGUCUUUGGGUUGGACGAUAUCAAUGAUGUGUUGGACCGCCUGGAGCGCUCUGAGAUUGAUGGCAGAGUGGUCUUGAGAAUCCCCCAAUAG